ACGGCGAGUGGUCCAGCAGCCUGGGCACCGACGCGCCUGAUAUCAGCCAAUUGGACAGCUUUAUCAACGAUGUGCUGCCUGAUAACGCCGGAUACCUCGACGUCAGCGCUAGCGACGACUACCGUCGGCUGGCCGACCAUAAGCCGACCAUCACCCACCCCCACCCCGAGCAACUGGUCUACAGCCACGCCCUGCCUGAGAGUCCCCCCGAUUCGGGGUCUGAGCCCCUCUCCCCCCUCACCCCCCACUUCUCCCUCCGACCUACAGUCACAGCUGAUGCCUCACCUCACCCCGCUACGAAGAGGCGACGGGGGGAGGCUGGGGAGGUGAUCGGUCUGCAGACCGGCGCAUGCGGCAAAGAGGACGGCCCAGACCCAAAUUCACAAGCUGUAAGCAUCUCUAAAAUUUCUCCUCUGUCAAUUCCGAGCCGCGGAUAUGCCAAUGAAUCCUUGCCUGGCACCGCCGGGGCUCCGCCGCGUCCUACGGGCACAUCGGGUCCUACUCGGACGCCAAGCCUCUCCAUGCCUGCGGCUCAUAUUUCGCUCUUGGAUCACAGAAUUCAUACUCAGUUCGAUGUCACCCGAGCUGUUAAGUCAGGAACGACAGAUCUGGGCGCCACCUCCAUAGAUUACACCGAAAAUCUUGUAGAUUACCAGAGCUCGUGUAACGUCGGACGUGUGGCGUCUGUCACACAACAAUUGUCUUCUCCAGCUUUGCGUUCCAUUACAGUAAAUGAGAAAUACCUCGGUAAUUCAUCACUGCCUGAUUAUGAACGCUUUCGCUACGGAUGUCAGAAUCCCAAUUUUUCUCGCGAUCACCAAGCAUCUUCUAGCAUCACGUCACAAAAGCCUUCUAGCAACGGGGGUCUAUUUUCUCAUGGUGGUCUGGAGCAAAUGAAUCAAGACUCGUCGAUGUCGACGACCUCAGAAGAUCACUCAAGAGACCCUGGGUCAGGCAGCGUUCAUGACUGCGACUAUGGCGCCCAGCAUAGCCUUCAGUUCGUCCCCUUCCAGCCGGCCACGUGGUGCGCUCUCCUUGAUGCCGCCACUCAACAGAUACCGCCGCCGACGCUGGACGUGAGCGCUGACAAGGGCUUCACAUUCUCCGCGGUCGACGACGCCUUCGUGUGCCAGAAGAAAAAUCACUUCCAAAUUUCCAUUCAGGCUGAGGUGCUAGCGUCGCCUCACUACGCGAGAGCGGACGACAAGACGCUGCCGCUCAGUCACUUCCAGCUGAACUUUUACGGAGUCCGCAGUGAGAACCUGGAGCAGAAGAUCAAAGUGGAGCAGAGCCAGAGCGACAGGAGCAAGAAGACUUUCCACCCUCGCAGGCUUGAGCUAGUGGCGGACCGGGUGUCUCGGGAAACAGUUGUGCGGCUGCAUUUCUCCGAGACGACGCACAAUAAUAUGCGCAAGAAGGGGAAGCCCAACCCCGAGCAGCGCUUCUUCAGGCUCGUGGUCGCCCUGGAGGCGGUCAGUGGGGAGGCUGUGCUCACCGUCGUCAGCAGGGCUUCUGGCAACAUCAUCGUCAGGGCAAGUAACCCUGGUCAGUUCGAGAGUGACGUGGAGCAAGCGUUCGUACGAGGGGCGGCGCCCGACAGCCUCUACCACGUCGGCCGCGUGGGCAUCAACACCGACCGUCCUGACGAGGCGCUGACAGUCCAUGGCAACGUCAGACUCACAGGGCACCUCCUGCACCCCUCCGACGCUAGGGCCAAGACCCACAUCAAAGAGCUGGACACCCAGGAACAGCUCCGGAACGUGCAGAGCCUGCGGGUGGUCAAGUAUCAGUACAGGGAAGACUUCGCGAGACCCGCCCGUCUGGAGCGACUCUGGGACACGGGCGUCAUCGCGCAGGAGGUGGAGAAGGUCCUGCCUGACGCUGUGGGGAGCAAAGGAGACGUUCUGCUCGCCGACGGCAACAAGAUUGAGAAUUUCCUGGUUGUCAAUAAGGACCGCCUUUACAUGGAGAACGUAGGUGCCGUCAAGGAGCUCUGCAAGGUAACCGACAACCUGGAGAACAGGAUAGACGAGCUCGAGAAAAUCAGCCAACAAAUUGCGCGUGUCAGGAGACAUGACAGCCGCCGCUCCUGUGCCUCCCUCAGGAGCACCAGCACGUCGCUGGUGUCAGGCUCCUCCAGGAGCGACGCCGCCUCCCGCGUCUCUGGCCCCGAGAAAGUGUCUUCAAUAACCGGCUGCACGAAGAGCAGCAGCAGCUGCCCCAACACGGCCAACAAGCGGCGGCCAGCACCACACAACGACCCAGCGUCUGCCGAGCACUGCACCAACAAGACCCUGCAGAUGACCACCGUGGUGCUGGUGUGCAUCAUGGCUCUGUGCCUGCUGGCGAUGGCCGCCAUUUACAUCAUGGAUUACAUCGACCGCAGAAGUCAGAACGAUGACGUUACCACUGAGAUUUUUGAGGUUACAACCUCGCUAAGCUACACAACCUCCAUACCGCUCAACCUCUCCUCCCCAUACUUCAACCCCAGCACCACCGCUCCGAUUUCUACUCAACCUGACACGACUUCAACCAUUUCCCAAUUCACUACGAGGUCGACUGGGGCACCGUCAGAGGGCCCCAGCAGCACCGUGAGUCCCUACCAGCCCGUGCGCCCCCCAGUGCUGGGCAAGCCUCCAGACUGCGACGCUGCCAUCAUCGACGACACCAACUGCCCGAUACGAUGUUGCGUUGGCGACAGUGCUGGAAGUUGGAUGCGGCAACCGCUGCGCACCACCGCCACCAUACCUUACGUGCUCGUGACGCGCAGCCACCGUGUUCAGGGAACUUCCGUGUUAUCUCUGGAGCCCAUCAGCAGCAGCAAUUUGGACUCAGCAUUGAUAACGAACAAGCUGUCAACCAGCGACCCAGAUAACUUUUCCCGAGAGGCCGCUGAUGAAUAUGAGUCCAUCAGGUUCAAGCCGCUGCCGAGCAAGAAAGCAAAUGCCCACUAUGGGAUAUUUUCCCGCCACCGCGCACGGCAGGGAGAGUACCAACCUUCCCGCACGCGGAAGAUCAAGCAGACGAUUAGUAAGCGCGAUGUGUCCAGCGGCAAGCAUGUACACCCUAAACAAAAACUUUAUAAGAAUCGUCUCUUGAGAUAUGAAAGUACCAAAUGGAAGAGGCGUUAUAGGAGGCAUUUAGCUUCACAUGUGAUAGCUCCGAAUUGCGACCAUUCGAUUCUAGGGUUUCGGAGGAGUGGAUCAUCAAAAAAUAUAUUUAACAAUAGCAUAGUAAUUCCAAUUCGUGACUACGGCAAACGAGCUUCUAGAAUUCCUAAUAUCAGAUCGGCUUUUCAAUUUACGGAUCAUCAAUUUGUAAAUUACAACUCAACUCCUGGUCUACACGUGGCGGAUUUGUCGGCAACACGUUCCGCUUCUCGCCACAAUAGUGACCAUGAAGAUGAAGUGCAAGAUACGUCCAGGUCAAGGAGAUCUAUUGGCAUGGUAUCACUAUCGCUUUCUGACGAUGGCAGCGAGAACAGCCAGCAACUUUCAGAGCCAUGCCAUCCCGUGAUCACCAUAGUGGAAUUCGACGCGACCAUUAACCACCUCUACUGCAUGAACACAAGCGACGUCAGCCUUGACGAGUGCCUCAACAGCUCCUCUGUUAACAGAACCUACGCCAUUCCUCUCUCAAAGUUCAUGAGUAACGUCAACCUCACCUUAUCAUUCACGUUUUCCAGCCCGGAGUGCGAGGCGACACCCUCCUAUUGCCCGUCCUACAACGACACUGGCUUUGUCCCCGAGUUGUGCACUUUUCCGUGGGUUCCGCUACCGUAUCCUACGGUUACCGUAAGGUCGCCUCUCGAGCUCCUAUUGGCUGAUGUUGGUCUGUGGCAGCGCGUGUCUUAUCCAAUCAGGUUGCCGCUACCAAGUGCUCCGGUAAUGGACGUGAACCUCUGCAACAUGCCUCCUUCACACGUCGGUCUCUCUUUCGUCGAGAUCAAUUUGUUCUUCUACAGAGUCUGCGACGAAUGACGUGACGAAUGGAUGCUUGAAAAAUUAGUGAAUAUGGAAUGAGUGAACGCGUCGGAAGUCGGCCGGAACUGUUUGCCCCUGGCAAAUUCAUUUCGCUCUAAGAAAUUAGUUCCUAUGACCAUAAUCUUUUUUUAAUUCAUUUAUAAGAUGUGAAAACCAAUUAUGAACAAAUAGAUCUUUGUUUGUUAUGCAGACCAUCACAUCACCACACAACCUUGGUGAUUCUUUCACAGGGAAAGCAUGAACUAUGGCAUAUAAAUGUUGUUUGAAAAUAAUAGGUUAUUUCCGGCACAAUUAAACGUAUGCCUUGAUUCCGUAGCAUCCCGUCCUGAUGUACGCUUGGUCAUAAACAGAAAAUAUUACACAAAAUUUAUGCAGCCAUUCAUCGUCAUUCAUUUCUGUCACUCUAUAAUGUUUCUGAUUGGUCAGUACCGAAACAUUAAUUUGCAGUCAUGAGUGCUAAUGUAAACCGCUUGUUCAACAUUUGUCGCGUAAUACGACAUGGAAGAUACGAUCAGUUAACGGACAGGUUAUUUGAACUAAUUUUCACCAUAACUAUUUAUCAAGCGUCGUCUGUGUUGCGACGUUCAGGUCUCUUCAGGAAUAAAGUCAGGUAUUCAGACUCGUUACGGUGAUGUUAUUGUGUUGUUUUGGCUCCCCCAUUGUUGUUAUUUGGUGUAUUAUAAAGUUGGAUCUUGUGAGUACUUUACAUCAUACGAUCUUUGUUUAAUUUAAGGCAUGAGUAUUGAGUAAUCAGUAUUAUUUGAUUAUCAAAGCCUGCACAUCUUACUUUUACUAAUACUUUUUCUUAUACUCAUUUGCCUCAUCUUCAUCCUUCACUCGUAGUAAUGAGUGAGACUUUGUCCAAAAAGCUAUGAAUUUUCAUGUGGGUCAUCCUGACCCAGUAAAGCCAAGCAAAAAGCGUACCGUGCCACGUCCACUCCCUGCUCGCCCUGCGGGUAAGAAUGUGUAUGAUUAUUCAGACAAUAACCAAUUCAUUUUUCUUGUAGUUAUUUAUUCUUUAUGCCUACACAGUCUGUUUCUCGGCGAGUUAUCUGAGCUAUCUUGUUAAGGAGUUCAUCCUUGUCAUGAUAUUUAGUCCUUGUCAUGAUUUUUGAUAUUUAGAUUGAUUAUUUUUCAAUCAGAGUCGUUUGAAGCCCGGCUAUUUUGUCAGCCAUUUGUAGCGACCAAACAUUAAUAAGAUUACAUAUAUAGGCGACUUAUUGGUGCCUGCGCUUAGAGGCGAUGAUAUCAAGAGGAUUCCAUGGUCUGUAAUGUUAUUCCUACGAGAUUUUGAGUCCGUAAAUUUAGAGUUGUGAUUAGUAAGACUUCUAAUUUAUUUAUUAUAAUAUAUGAUAGACUUAAGUGAAGUCUUAUUUCUUAUUAGGGAAUAUCUGUUCAUUACAUGAUCUGCAAUGCUGUAGCCGCGGGAAAACUUCUCAGUUAGAUACUAAAAUGAAUUGUAUGUUACCCGCUUUAUAUUUAUUACACAAUGCUUAUAUUUGUUACAGA